AUGGCCACGAGACUAAGCCCGCGAAAUUCCGAAGUCAGCGCUCUCGAGGAGCGUGGUUAUCUUAUUGGCAAAAAAAUUGGCCAGGGUUCUUAUGCGACUGUUCACCUAGCAGAAUACCUAGAUAAUAAUAGUUCAAAAAAAAUGCGGCUUGCAUGUAAGAUAUUUGAUAAAGAAAAAGCACCUCCAGAUUUCCUUGAAAAAUUUUUUCCCCGUGAGCUUGAAAUUUUAACAAAAGGAAAUGAAUUAGCCCAAGUUCCAAAUGACUCAAUCAUGAAAACAGCAAUGAAAUUAUUCAAAGAACCAGAAACGUUACCUAAAAAUAAUACAAGCAUGUCAGUUGAUCCAAAAAAAAAUUUCUUCAAUCCACUCAAGAAUACAACUAAUAAAUUAUAA